AUUUGGUUAACGCCAUAACGUUUUCACUCUGACGUUGCUUUUGUCGCUUGCAUAAUGGCCACGGGAACCACUGAGCUUUGGCAUCAACGGCCGCAGCGACCAGAAAAUCCAGUUGUCUUCUUUGAUGUUAACAUUGGCGAGCAGCCUGCGGGCCGCAUAAAAAUGGAGCUGUUUGCUGAUAUAUGCCCUAAAACAGCAGAGAACUUCCGCCAACUAUGUACCGGCGAAUACCGGAAAAAUGGGCUACCAGUAGGGUAUAAAAACUGCACGUUCCACCGCGUAAUCAAGGACUUCAUGAUCCAGGGAGGGGAUUUCAUCAAGGGUGACGGCACGGGCUGUGUGAGCAUCUACGGCAGCCGCUUCCCGGAUGAGAACUUCAUCGCCAAGCACACGGGGCCGGGGCUGCUGUCCAUGGCCAACAGCGGACCCAACAGCAACGGCUGCCAGUUCUUCAUCACCUGCUCCAAGACCGAGUGGCUGGACAACAAGCACGUGGUGUUCGGGCGGGUGCUGGACGAGGGUCUGCUGGUGGUGCGCAAGCUGGAGAACGUGCUGACCGACAAGCAGAGCAACCGGCCGCGACUGCCCUGCGUGAUCAAGGAGUGCGGGGAGAUGUGAGGGUGGAGGGAGAAG